AUGUCACAAGGUCAACAAUCGCAAAAAGCUUACGAGCUAGAUGAUCUUAUUGAGCAGGUCAAAAAAGAUUCGAAAACUAAUGUAUUGCUUCAAAUGAAAAAUUACGAAAGGAUGACAUCUAAAAAAUUACUUGCCGAAGAACUCAGUGCAUUAUUAAAAGAAAUCGAUGGAUUGAUCAAAGAUAUGGGAACCAAAACCGAGCAUAUUACUCCCAUCGACAAUUCAACUGAAGAAAAUAUUAAAAAAUUUAAUAUGAUUCGGAAAACAAAAGACUGGAGUAUGGUAUACAAUGCAGUUAAUGAUUAUUUGAAUAAUAACAAAGAUUUACAACUAAAAGAUCUAACUGAUAUUCUGGAUCGAUUAUACAGUUUAUUUGAUAUUCAACUAGCUAAUUGA